GAAUACAUAAAGGGUUAACUCAAGCUUUCAUGUGACUGCUAAUAAUAUGAACUACGGUAAAUUAGAUUCCAGCAGAGUAAACCACACAGCAGCAUCACACCUACAGAGGAAGGAAGUCGUGUUUAACUGCAGUGAACAAAUGAAAUCAUUCUCACAUCACCGAGAGGCCGAAUGGACCAAACAUCUCUUCUGUGGCUCUUUGUGAGCUCUCUGCUGUUCUGCACAACAAACCAAGCCUCUCUGACUGUGAGUCCCAGCAGAUCUCAGAUGUUUAAAAGAGAGUUUGUCUCUCUGAGCUGUGAGGAGGACGACAGCUCUGCUGGAUGGAAGCUGAGGAGGAACACAACCAGAGAAACCAGGAAGGAGUGUGGAGCUGACUGGGGAAGAUCAGCUGGUUCCUCCUGUAAUAUCAGCUACAUUCAGACAUCAGCCAGUGGAGUUUACUGGUGUGAGUCCAGAGAGGGAGCAACCAGUAACAGCAUCAACAUCACUGUCACUGGUGGAUCAGUGAUCCUGCAGAGUCCUGUCCUCCCUGUGAUGGAGGGAGAUGAUGUCACUCUGCACUGUAAAACAAAGACCUCCAACCUCCCAGCUGAUUUCUAUAAAGAUGGCUCCCUCAUCAGGACUGAGCCUGCAGGUCACAUGACCAUCCACCAUGUUUCCAAGUCUGAUGAAGGCCUCUACAAGUGUUACAUCAGCAGUCAUGGAGAGUCUCCAUCCAGCUGGAUCUCUGUCACAGAGAAACCCACCACAUCUCUACCUCCCCUCCCCUCUACCUCUCCUCCUUCAACAUCCACCUCUCCUCAUCUCUCUGUGCUGUGGUUUGUUCCACUUGUCUGUGGUCUGGUUCUAGUUGUUCUACUGGUUCUACUGAUUAUGAUCCAGCUGCAGCUCACUCAGUAG